CAGACGUUUCUCUUCCUGUCUUCGGUGAGUUAACUUAGUCAGUUCUUGUGUUGAGCGCGGUCGGGGUUUGCACAUCUGCGCAGAUGAGGUCGCGGGUGUCAAAUAUGGUCCCAAGAAGAAAAUUUAUUGGAUGUUGGUUCAGCGCCAAGAAGAAAAAGAAAGUCAACUUGGAAAAACUUAGAGCCAUAGUCGAGAGCCAUGGAGCUAUACUGAAAGAAAUUGAUUUCUCGAAAACAAUGAAAGCCCAAGAACCUUUUGAUGCAAUUAUUCAUAAGAUGACAGAUCGUAUGAUUGAAGCCAUGAGUGGAAAUAAAAGAGCUGAAAAAAACAUAAAAGAUGUUGAGAAUUAUUUGGAAAAUCAUCCUAACACUGUGGUUGUCGAUCCACUUCCGAGCAUAAGAAAAUUAUUGGAUCGACAUGAAACUUACAAACUUAUUAAAGGCACUAAGCUAUGUCUUAAUGUUACAUUACACAUUCCAACAUUUGCUUACAUUACUUCGAGAAAUGAAGCUGAUAUUUUGGAGCAAAUGAGAGCAAAUAAUGUUGAAUUUCCUUUUGUAUGCAAGAAAAGUGUGGCACAUGGAUCAGCAUCGCAUAAGCACAACACCAGAACCUCUACUUCAUACCGGAAUCAAAAAUUUGCUGAAUUCUCUCAGUACCAAGACAUGAAUCGCCAAAUGUCAAUCAUAUUCAACAAAGAAGGACUGAAAGAUGUUGAUCCACCGUGUGUUGCGCAAACUUUUAUUAAUCACGGAGCUCUUCUUUAUAAGAUUUAUGUAAUUGCUGACAAAUAUCAUGUUGUACAACGACCUUCACUCAGGGAUUUUUCAAAAGAUAGUCUAAAAGAUCACAAAACCAUAUUUUUCAAUUCUCACGAUAUAUCAAGCGGAGAUUCUUCAAGAUCUAAGUUGACCACUCCUGAUGAGGAAGAUGUCCAAAUAGCCCCACCUCUAGAAACUUCUGCAAUUGAUGCUAUGACCAAAGAAUUACACAAUGAAUUGCAUAUGACAAUGUAUGGUGUCGAUAUUAUUGCAAGUAUAGAAACUGGGAAGCAGUAUAUAAUUGAUGUUAAUGUGUUUCCAGGAUACGAUGGUGUGCCUGAUUUUCUUGAUACUCUUAUGAAUCACGUUAUGAAGAAACUUGAGCCACAAACGAACGGAAUAUCAGCAAGAAAACAGAAUGGCUCUGCAAAAACCGCUCUGAUUAAACCUCUCAUGAAAACAAGGUCAAAUAAUAACGAUACGAACUGUCACGAAGAACCACCGUUAAAAAAAUCUUCUCGAAACGGUGUAAUUUCUGCCAAAAAUAAGCAAGCGAGGUAAAAACAGCAUUGUGUCACAGCUUGUCUAUCUAUGCUAAUUUAAAUAAAGUGGCCUGCAGUUAUGGAUAUCUAGAACUAUUUAAAGUGAAUGUUUUUAUAUUUUAAGUACAACUUAUCUGUAUAACUAUUACCUUGGUUUGGGCUAGUUCAAGUACCGCCUGGUAAUUGAGAUUUUUUUCGUUGGUUGAUUCGUCUAUCUUUUUUAAUAAUAAAUUGGUUAUUUUUUAGUGAUAAAUUUGUUGCUUUGUUUUAUUUUAAUUCGGCUGUUUUUAUUUUACAAUACACCACACCACUCUCUCUUAUUGGCUAGUAAAAUACUUCAUUUCAAUUUUAUCCUAAAUUAAAUUGUUUGUUAUUUUUGAAACAUCAUGAGUAACCAUUCAUUCUACAUUCAAAGUCUCCAUUUUUGUUUUAACGAACUUAUAUUGUUUUAUCCAUAUUCAUAUGGUCCUAUUAUUCUUAUUAAAUUUUAAAUCAAUUUUCAUAGGUACUUCUGUUUGGUUUUAAUUCUCUAUAUUGUAUUAUAUUGUAAAGUUAGCUAAUACACAGAUAACACAUGCACAUUGUAUUUAAAAUUGCUUGCAACAAAGUGUUUGUUUGUGCUGAAAUGUUAGUUUUAUUAAUACAACCCAACAUUUCAUUUCUCUUGGCUUUCAUUUUUAUUCCAGUAGAAGGAAGGCAUGAUUUUGUAGAGAACUAUGCAAUUAGCUAGUGAAUUGAAUGUUUCAUUUAUCUGGUUAAAGUUCUAGUGAAGUUUCGCGUCUAAUUAACUAUAUGGAUGGUUCCCAAUCUUUUUCGAUAUAUGCCUCCCAAUCUCUAUGUGCUAAAUAUCUGGAUCCUUCGCUAGUGUUAUCUGUAACCCACACUAUGGCGCUUUUAUGUUCUGAGUUCUUUAUAGUGUGUGCAUGAAUAUAUAUCACAAUAAUACUAAUUAAACAAUAUCCGUAGAACUACAGUGAAUUCAAAA